AUGCACUACCUCUCUUGCGCCCCCGCCAAUCCCCCCGCAGCACACGCGGCCCUCCCUCCGCCGGCGUCCGUCCACGCCUCCCACCCCGGCGUUCCCGUCGGCCGCGUUCCCGACACUCCCCCGAACACUCGCCCCGGAUCCAAAGCGUCGUAUGCGUCCAGCUGGACUGGAGCCACCGACAGCAGCUCCGACGGGGGGCCCGGCGUGUCCCUGUAUGGCACUCCGCUCACGUCCCCCGAGGUCGCUACUCGCGCCGUCAAGCCCGCGCGCCCGCCUAAGCCCGCCGCCGUGAGGUUCGUCUCCGCGCCUGUGUCUCUCGGCCCCGCGUCCCAACCUGCUCCCGCGAACUCCACACCCUCGACCUCGGCGGUCGCGAAACCCAGGCCUUCGUUCCACAGGCCUCUGGUUCCUCCGCCGUCCACCGUCCCUGUCACGCACGCCCCCGCUGCUGCCGCUCCCGUUGCUUUCGCCGCCGCUCCGCCUGCUCCCAUCACCGACCUCCUCGCCUCUUUCCCUCUCCGAUGGGACGUUCGCGAGCGCCUUACCCCGGCCUUCCUACACGACGGUCGCCUCCGACAACCCGCCUUCGCGGCUGGGCUCACCGAAUGUCGAGCGGUGUUCAACGCCGACAUUCCGCACGAGCGAUUCGUCGCGAUGUGCAGGGCCUCUCGGGAUGGCAGUCCCCUUACUAUUGGGGACGUCCUGCGCGGGAUCGACGAGAAGUUGGCGAGCACGCCCAAUGUCAGCACGGAGGAACCGGCUGGCGCGCGGGCGGCGUACCGCCGUCGUGCCAGGGGCGCUUCGGGGCCGAUUACCUAUGUCGACUUUGUGAUGGCGAACGAGUUCUUCUUCCUGGGACUGAGGGAGACCAACGUGCCGGGGGAGUUUGCCGUUGUGCUAGGAGAGUAG